CAGCUGGUCCAAUCAGCAAGCAGCGCGCGUAAACAGCGCGGCUUGGCUGUGUUGACGAAAGCACUGAGGAGAGCGGAGGUUUGAGUUGUUGCAGUAAGGUGAAGAAAACUAUAAAGGAUAUGUCAGAGAAUCAGCAAGAAGUGGAUCCAGAUACUACUACAGAUGUGGAAGCCUUUAUAGAUACAGAGGAAGAGCUUAUUAAACAAUGUGAGGAAAUGUGGAAAGACAUGGAAGAUUGUCAGAAUAAAUUAUCACUUAUUGGAACCGAGACACUCACUAACUCAAAUGCUCAGCUCUCAUUACUUAUUAUACAAAUGAAAUGUCUGACUGCUGAACUUGGUCAAUGGAACCAAAGAAAACCCGAAAUAAUUCCCCUAACUGAAGACGUUUUGUUAACACUGGGAAAAGAAGAGUUCCAAAAAUUGAGAUGUGAUCUUGAAGUGGUACUGUCUACCAUUCAGUCAAAGAAUGAAAAGUUAAAAGAAGAUUUAGAAAGGGAGCAGCAGUGGUUAGAUGAACAGCAGCAAAUACUGGAAACUCUUAAAGCAUUACACAGUGAUUUGAAAAGUCAGGUUAUAACAUUUACUGAAUCAAGAAUCGUUAAUGAACUGAAAGCUAAGAUCCAUAGUAUAAAAGAAUUUAAGAAGAAGCUCUUGCUUACCUUGGGUGAAUUUUUAGAGGAUCAUUUUCCUCUGCCUGAUGGAAGUACUCAAAAGAAAAGGAAAAACAUUCAAGACUUCAAUUCACACCUGAUAACACUGAAUGAAAUGUUAGAGAGUUCUUGACCUGGACAUGGUAACACUUGCCUUUAAUCCCAGCACUCUGGACACAGAGGUGGGCGGAUCUCUUGAGUUUGAGGCCAGCCUGGGCUACAGAGUGGGUUCCAGAACAGCCAGGGCUGCAACCUGUCUUGAAAAUGAAAAUUUAAAAAGGUUUUUUUUGUUUUUUGUUUUUGAUUCUUUAAGAGAGUUACUCAUUUCGUCACUUAGUAUUCGUACCCUAAAAUCUUGUGCUGUUAUUCUGAAAGAAUUCUAGUUUACAACUCAGUUCUGUACCUAAACCAUAUAAAUGAAUAUAUA